UUUACAAAAAUUACAAUGUCGUUUGAACAAUUCAAUGGGAAAUUGUCAUUUAUUAAAGAAAAAUUUGCCGAAAUCAGAAAUCUACUGGACGACCAUCUAAAAUUUGAUUUUAUGCGCGAACCUUAUAUAUUAAAAUAUGCAGCUAUAAAUCUACUUAAAGAAAUAGAAGUAAAUCUCACUGAUUCCAUCGACAAUGGACAAGAAGAAGAUAAAAAUUUAGUAAUGUUAUUACUUGCUAUUACUUAUUUAAAUAGAGGAAUACUUUAUGCUGAUACAGAAGAACUAAAAACUGCAGAAGAGCAAUUCAUGAAAUGCGUUGAUGUACUGGAAGGUAGGGAAUUGGAACCAGAAGGAGUUUUACCAAUUUUAGUGACUCUAAAUCAGUUGGGUAUUAUUUGGUCUCAAUGGCAUCAACCAGCAAAAGCUAAAAUAUUCCUUGAUAAAGCAGAACAGAUUUAUAAAGAUUUCAUAAAUACAAAAAAUUCUUGUUGCGAUCUUGUCGACUUGGUAUUAAAUUUUUGUAUUAUAGAUACUAAAGAAGGUCUAAGUGCUAAGCAAGUACUAGAAAAAAUGCACACAUUGACAUUAUAUUACCAAGCACAAGUAUAUGGAGCUUUGCAAGAUCAUUACAAAUCUGCAGUAUAUUGUCACAUCACAUUGCGUAGGCAAUUAGAACAAAAUGAUAUAAUGCAAGAUUUGGAUUAUGUAGAAUGGGCUCUUAAUGCAGCUACUCUGUCGCAGUAUUUCAUAGGAAAUAAACGUUUUACUCAGGCCAGACAUCAUUUAGUUGCAGCAUCUUACAUAUUGCAAAAAUAUGAAAAUAUGAUGAAAGAAAAGAAAAAUCAAACAAACAGCAGAAUAGUUGCAGCAGAAUAUGAACGUUUCAAGCACAGAAGUGCUGAUAUAGCUAGAUGCUGGGCUAAAUAUGGAAUAUUAUUGCUUAGUUUGUCAAAACACCGUCUUAUACAAGAAGCAGAAAAGGAAAGUAAUCCCAACAACCCCAGAAAGAGUAAAUUGGAUUUUAACAUGAAAAAUGAUCCAGAAAAACCUUUUGAUAAUUUAAAAUUUGAUAUUCUAAUGGAUGAUAUUAAACCAUUUAUAAAUCAGAUAACAGAUAAAUACCUUUUGGAUUUUAAUGAUGCCAAACUUGUAUUUUUAAAUAUUCAAAAAUGGCUAGAUCAAGCAAAAUCAUAUUAUACUCUAGACAGUCAUGCAUCAGAUUAUGUAGAAAUUAUACAAGAUAUGUCCCAAGCGUAUAAGUAUUUAGCAUUUUUCGAAGAAAAUGAAGAUCGUCAGGCGAAAAUGCAUAAACGUAGAAUAGAUGUCUUGGAAGCUACUGUUAAAGAGUUAAAUCCUCAAUACUACAAAAGUGCAUGUAGACAAAUUUGGUUGGAAUUAAGCGAAACAUAUUCCGAUAUUUUGGAUAUUAAGUUGGAACGUUUAGAAAUAAGCGAAGAUAAAACAGAUUCUCAUGCUUUGAUAAAAAUUAAUCAUUUGGCUAAAAGUGCCAUUAAAAAUUUUCGAUUCUUUUUAGAUUCAUUGGAGAAUAAUUCUACAGAUGCAAAGACUAUAACGUACCCUCACGACUUUAUGAAACUUGCAUUAAGUUCAUAUUUUCAGAUGGGAAGAUUAUACAGUAAAAUCAUAAGUCUUGACAAGUCUAUACAAUUGCAGAAUAUUCAGAACACUAUUAAUGCCUACCAAUUUCUAAUUGAUUAUUGCGAAACUCAUCCAGAAGCUGCGGAGAUGAUGAAACAAGAACUGAGAUUAUGUAAAGAACUCGUUGAUUUGCUUCCUGUGAAAAUUAUUAAAUUAAGACAAGAAUUAUUGGAACAGUAACUUCGUCUCAAUAUUUAAGAUAAUAUCUAUUAAACAAAUAAUUCUAUGUGAUCAGUAGUUUCGAGAAAAUCGAAUUUUGAUGUAUGUAUGUAAUCUUGAUGUAUGUAUGUAAUCUUGAUGUAUGUAUGUAACCACCUUGAUGUAUGUAUGCGUUUAGUUUUUAAAUGAAAUGAAGAGUAUCUUUACGUAUAAUUUCCGUGAAAUAUGUUUAUAAGUAUAUGAAUGUUAAGAUAUAUAUAAUCACUAUUAUAUAUAUUAUGACUAUUAUAUAAUUUUUUGAUGUAAAAUUUAGACAACGAUUUUUUUGCUACAUCAAGCACCUACAAUUAAUCUAUUAUUAUGAAAUUCUGAAAUAAAAAAUAAAUGCAACUCGAUCUAAAAAGAAAUGCGUUAGAGAUCCCCAUUUUUUUUUUUUAUAAUAUGUAUUUAAAUAUUUGUCUUAGAUAAGAAAAUACUCUAAUGCUAUAGACCCAUUCACUAUUAUCGAUUAUAACUAUCUUAUUAUUGUGAGGUAUAUAAAUAUAUGACAUCAGUACUGCGAAAAAAUGUUGUUUUUAUUCCACAAAAUAAUAUUACUUCUUUUCUGCUUU